GGUGAAAGAGAGGAGAAAAUUGACGAGGGCAGCAGUCCCGUUUCUUUCGCAAGCUCAGUGAGAGGAUACAGAGACUCAGAGACGGAGUCCAUGUCUUUCUAAUUCCAAGGUCUGAAGCGUGCGAGUUUUGUAGUCAAAUUAACGAUGCGUCGCAGAUCUACUCUCGCCGUCUUUGCUCUUCUUCUGCUGUUCCUAGCUAGCAGUUCAUAUGGAUCUCAGUCCGGAACUCGUAAAACUGGCAGAUCAUCAGUGUUUUCUUUAUUUAAUCUCAAAGAGACGAGUAGGUUUUGGAGUGAGGCUGUUAUACGUAGUGAUUUUGAUGAUUUGGAGUCUUCAAGCCAUGGGAAAAUGGCUGUUGUCAAUUACACCAAUGCAGGAAAUAUUGCAAGUUACCUAAAGCUUCAGGAAGUGGAUUCUAUAUACCUUCCAGUACCAGUGAAUUUCAUGUUCAUAGGGUUUGAAGGAAAAGGGAACCAAGAAUUUAAGCUUCGUCCGGAAGAACUUGAACGCUGGUUCACGAAAAUUGAUCACAUCAUUGAACAUACAAGAAUUCCACACAUCGGAGAAGUUUUGACCCCUUUUUACAAGAUUAGUGUAGAUAAAGAGCAACCUCACCAUCUUCCAAUUGUCAGUCACAUAAAUUACAAUUUUUCAGUUCAUGCUAUACAAAUGGGCGAAAAAGUUACUUCCAUCUUUGAGCGUGCCAUCAGUGUUGCAGCUCACAAGGAUGGCGUGUCUGGUAACAGGGAUGAAGGAGAUGCUCUUUGGCAAGUAGAUAUAGACUUGAUGGAUGUUCUUUUCACCAGCCUUGUUGAGUAUCUUCACCUUGAAAAUGCAUAUAAUGUUUUCAUUUUGAAUCCAAAGCAUGAUGCCAAAAGACCUAAAUAUGGCUACAGGAGAGGUUUGUCCCAGUCAGAAAUAACUUUUCUUAAAGAGAACAAGAAUUUGCAAACAAAAAUUCUUCAGUCUGAAAGCACUGCAGAUAACGUCCUUGCGAUUGACAAGAUCAAGAGACCUUUGUAUGAAAAGCAUCCAAUGUCAAAGUUUGCCUGGACAGUAAUGGAGGACACUGAUACAGUGGAAUGGUACAACAUUUGCCUUGAUGCUCUGAAUGCUGUUGAGAACCUAUAUCAAGGGAAAGACACUGCUGAUAUCAUUCAGACCAAAGUUUUACAGUUAUUGAAAGGGAAGAAUCAGGAUAUGAGGCUUCUUAUGGCCAAGGAGUUAAAAUCUGGGAGCUUCAAUGGUUUUCAUGCUGAAUGUUUAACUGAUACAUGGAUCGGAAAGGACAGGUGGGCAUUUAUUGAUUUAACUGCAGGCCCUUUCACUUGGGGGCCUGCUGUUGGUGGAGAAGGUGUCCGGACAGAACUUAGUUUACCAAACGUGCAAAAGACAAUCGGUGCAGUUGAAGAAAUUUCGGAAGAUGAAGCUGAAAAUCACUUGCAAAAUGCUAUCCAGGAAAAGUUCGCUCUAUUUGGAGAUAAAGAGCACCAGGCCAUUGAUAUUCUUUUGGCGGAGAUUGAUAUUUAUGAGCUUUUUGCUUUCAAGCACUGCAAGGGAAGGAAAGUUAAGCUUUCUCUUUGUGAAGAGCUUGAUGAAAGAAUGAGAGAUUUGAAAAAUGAGCUCAAGUCUUUUGAAGGUGAAGAGUAUGAUGAAAGUCAUAAAAGGAAGGCCAUAGAAGCAUUAAAACGAAUGGAGAACUGGAAUCUUUUCAGUGAUACUUAUGAGGAGUUCCAAAACUACACAGUUGCACGAGAUACUUUUCUUGCACAUUUAGGCGCAACACUGUGGGGUUCUAUGAGGCACAUGAUAUCACCUUCAAUUGCUGAUGGGGCUUUCCAUUAUUAUGAGAAGAUAUCCUUUCAGCUAUUUUUCAUAACACAGGAGAAAGUCAGAAAUAUUAAACAAUUGCCUGUGGAUCUGAAUGCUCUAAUGGAUGGGCUUUCGUCUCUGUUGUUACCUUCGCAAAAAGCUAUUUUUGGUCAGCAGAUGUUACCACUUUCAGAGGAUCCUGCUUUGGCCAUGGCCUUUUCAGUAGCACGGCGAGCGGCAGCUGUGCCACUAUUGCUUGUUAAUGGAACAUAUCGGAAAACCAUCCGCACCUAUCUUGAUUCUUCUAUCCUCCAGUAUCAGUUACAGAGGCUAAACGACGAUGGGUCUCUCAAAGGAGCACAUGCGCAUAGUAAGUCCACCUUGGAAGUUCCCGUCUUUUGGUUUAUUCACGGGGAACCAUUGUUAGUUGACAAGCAUUAUCAGGCAAAGGCACUUUCUGAUAUGGUUGUCGUUGUCCAGUCAGAGCCAUCAUCCUGGGAAAGCCAUCUCGAGUGUAAUGGGGAAUCACUUCUAUGGGAUUUAAGGAGACCCAUAAAAGCUGCAUUGACUGCUGUUUCUGAGCAUCUGGCUGGUUUGCUUCCCCUUCAUCUUGUGUACAGCCAGGCCCAUGAAACUGCAAUUGAGGACUGGAUAUGGUCAGUGGGAUGCAACCCUUUUUCCAUAACCUCUCAAGGGUGGCACAUCUCACUGUUUCAGUCUGAUACAAUAGCCCGGAGCUAUAUCAUCACAACUCUUGAAGAAUCAAUACAACUUGUCAAUUCAGCCAUUCAUCGUCUACUCUUGGAGCGUACAUCGGAAAAAUCCUUCAAACUCUUUCAGUCUCCAGAGCGCGAGCUUGUGAAGAAAUAUAAUUAUGUCGUUAGCCUAUGGAGAAGAAUUUCCACUCUUACUGGAGAAUUGCGUUAUGUGGAUUCCAUGAGACUGCUAUACACCUUAGAGGAUGCAUCCAGAGGGUUUGCUGAUCAAGUAAAUGCGACCAUAGCUCUCCUACAUCCAGUUCACUGCACUAGAGAGAGGAAAGUGCAUGUCGUGUUUGAUGCGACUACAAUUCCAGCCUUCUUGGUGGUUCUGGUAAUUCUUUACUUGGUUCUAAAACCAAGACGACCAAAGCCAAAAAUUAACUGAGGAUGAUUCUUAUGGGAAAUCAUGAUUGCUAUUAAGUGGUAAGACUGUUCCCAGGCUUUCUGAAGAAGGUCCUAACGGGGGAGAGACCUCCCUUAGAAGCAAAUUACUCCGUAAAUGGUUCUCUUCCCCUGUUCAAGGCAGGAAAGUUGCAAUCAAAUGAUAAGGAUUGGAACAAGACUGAGUUGCCAAAAGAGCAAACUUGCAAUUGCCUUCGCUUCUAGGCUUCAGUUAUACAAGGAGCAUUCUUCCAUAGUAGUUGAUCAAAGAGUUUUUUGUCAGAACUUUGAAAGUUUUGUAGAUUAUGGAUUGUAAUGUUAGCCAAAAUGCUUUUUGUAUAACAUAAUUAUGCAUCUCUUUCAUUGAUCUUGUUGAUGAUUUAAGGUAUGCUAGGAAGUUCAGGUCACGGUCGAUUCUCCUCA